AUAGUUGAUAGCAGCGAUAGUUUAUGACAGUUCGUAGAGCUCGCUAUACUUGUUCUUUCAAUAUUUUUAUAUCUUUGUAAUUAUUUCCAAUGAUUAUUUACAAACAGUAACAUGAAGAACUAACAUAUACAAUUUUACAUUGAAUUAAUAUGAUAAGUACAAUUAUUUUCGUGGUCGAGAAUAUUGUAAGCGUCUUCCUUUGCUAAUGAUGAAGGCUGCCCUCAUAUUCUUAGUUUUAACUCAAGCUAGAGGAAAAACAAUUCAAACAUGUCCACAAUAUUGCACAUGUAAACUUGGUGCACAAGCAGAGUGGUUACGAGUUAAAUGUGGCAAUGAAUUGCAAGAUAUUAGAAGUAUCAAUAUUGAUAUUGUCAGUGUAGAAUUAGUACAAUUGGAUUUAAGUAGAAAUAAGAUUUAUACCAUUGAAGCCAAUAUAUUUAAAAAUUUGACAAAUCUCAAACGUUUGGAUUUAUCACAGAAUAAUAUAACAUCUAUUGGCGAAGGUUGCUUUAAUGGUCUUGGAAAUUUAGAAAGACUGGAUUUAAGUAAAAAUCAAAUUUCAAACAUAGAUGCUUAUGCAUUUCGAAAAUUGUCAAAUUUAAAAAGACUCGAUUUAUCAGGAAACAACAUAAGUAUUGUGAUACCAUCAUUAUUUCAUGAUUUACUGGCAUUAGAGCGCUUGAAAUUAAAUGAAAAUAGACUAACAACUUUAAGGGAAGGUACCUUCUCUGGCCUCAAAUCUAUAAAACAAUUAGAUCUGUCUACUAAUCCAUGGAAAUGUGAUUGUGAAUUAUAUUGGUUCAGCGAUUGGAUUCAUAAGAGCUCUAUUAAAUUAAUCCCAGCACCAAAAUGUGCAUCACCUGUAAAUAUGAAAGGUGAAUUUAUGAAAAAAUUAAAAUAUUCGGAAAACAUUCAAUGCCAAUGGUUACCUCCUACAAUUGAACUUCGACCUGUUCAUAAUCAAGUAGUUUUUGCUGGAGAUUCGUUAACUUUAAAAUGCAGAGCGCCUAGUAUUACAGAAGAUAGAAAUGCAAAAUUGAGUUGGUUGUGGUAUCCUAAUACUACUACUGAAGUUAUGGAUUUAAAUAUAUUUACAGAUCCACAAAAAAGUUUAUCCAAUAUUAAAAUUGAUAAUAGAUACCUUGCAGACAGUGGGAUUGUAGAUAGCUCACUUAGUAUUGUUCCAGUCAAGGAGGAGCAUAAUGGACAAUGGAAUUGUUUAUUGCUUUCUAUAAAUGGCAAUAGAUCUAAAGCAAUCAGUGUAAUUGUUAUCUCUGAUCAAACUCGUUAUUGUCCAUUAGCAGUAACUAAAAACAAUAAAGGCAUUUAUACAUGGCCAAGAACUGUGGUAGGAUGGAGAGCAGAAUUACCUUGUGAAGGCAACCAUUUAUCUGGUUUAAUGCAAAUGCCUUCAAAAGCCUCCUACCAGUGUAAUAUCACAGGCUAUUGGGAAAAUUUAAACACAGAGUUAUGCCCUUACAUAUCACACACGACCAAAAGCUUAGAACAAUUUUCUAAGGUUAAUCUUUCACUUGCAAAGAUUACUUUAUUAGAAACUGCGAAAAAAUUAAAAAAUUUCACAGUACAUGGCAUAAAAGUAACUGAUCCUGUUGAAGUAAAUUUUAUAACAAAAACUAUAGAAAAUUAUUUAAACUUUUUAGUCGAAGAAAAGGAACUUGGUGCUAUAUUAAUUGAUGUUAUCAGUUCAGUCAUUAAUUUACCAAAAAACAUCUUAAAAAGGGCUGAAAUUUCUUUUAAAUCUUGUACGCGACUAAUAAAAGCCGUGGAAAAAAUUGUAGAAUUUACUCCAUCAAUACAAUCUUACAAAAAAAAUAUGGCUCUAGAAGAGUUCAGAGUUAAACGGAAUAGUUUCACUGGUUUAAUAUGUACAUGGUAUUCGAAUGCUGCUUUUAUUGGCGAUUCAGAAUCAAAAUUUCUACAAUGUACGACAAAUAACAGAACUACUCCCGUUAAUAUAAAAGACAAAAUAAUUGAAGCCUCGAUACAUUUACCUACAUCUUUAUUAGAAUACUCACAAGAAGCCAUUGUUCAUCAACUAAUGAUUUCCGUGUACAGCAAUAAUAAAUUGUUUCCUAAAAUUCUUAACACUGAUACUAUGGAUAUUACAUCGUGUGUUAUUGGAAGCAAAUUAUUUGGAGUAGCAGUGCAAAAUUUAACUGAACCAGUAUACGUCAUGUUACGAGCACCUUUAUAUUACUAUGCCGGAAAGAAACUAUUGCCAGUGGUUUGGGAUGAAACAUUGAAUAAAUCUGGUGGAUGGACGAGUAAUGGAUGUUAUUUAAGAAAUGUAUUGAACAAUUUAAUAGUAUUUCAUUGUAAUCGUUUAGGAUAUUAUGGGCUUUUACAAGAUACUUCUUACCUUGAUCAAGAUGGUAAUAGUAUGACCGGAGCAAAAUUUAAAUACUCAAAUCCAGCAAUAUAUAUUGGAAGUAUCGUAACAAUAACGUGUCUAAUUAUUACAUGUGUAACAUAUAUUAUUUGUUACGCAUCAAUUACUAUGCCUAAGAAAGCAAAACAUUGUGUUAUUAAUACCUGGUUUGCCAUGGCAUUAUUGUCAUUUUCUUAUAGCAUUGGUAUUCACCAGACAGAAAAUAUUCAAAUUUGUCAAGGUGUUGGUCUAACACUUCAUUACUUGUCUUUAUGUUCCUUAUUAUGGAUGGCAGUAUCUGCUAGUAAUAUGUAUAAAAAGUUUUCAAAGUCAGACCUUGAAGAUAUUCCAGAUAAUGAACUACAAGAUCAACCAAUACCAAAACCAUUAUUAGGUCUUUAUUUGGUUGGCUGGGGUAUAGCUAUGAUAAUCUGUGGUAUAUCUGGAGCGAUAAAUCUACGAGAGUAUGCAGGAUAUUCAUAUUGCUUCCUCACGUCUGGUCCUGCUCUUGCUGCUCUGUUUCUUCCAGCUGGAAUCCUAAUCGUAUAUCUGAUUAUUUUUCAUUUGCUCAUUAAGUGUGCAAUUCAGAAUGUUGAUGUAAAUACUCAGUUAUCUGAAGGCACGCAAGCUACAGAAAAUAUGGAUUUAGAAUUAUUGGAACCAAGUACGAAUCUAUCUGCGAACAGAAAUAGUAUACACAGCGCACAACUUUCUUCCGAUAUUGUGGAUUCAGAACAUUCUCAAAUAACACAGUUAAAAGGUCAGAUUAUUAUGUUAAUUCUAUAUCUAAUAUCGUGGAUUGCUGCAGCGGCAGCGAUUACAAAACCAUUAAGCGCAUAUAUUUCUUUUGAUGAGAUUGUAUUUGCUACUUUAUAUUCUCUUUUUUCAAGUUCUCUUGGUGUUUUUGUACUUUUCUUUUAUGGAAUAGUACGAAAUGAUGUUAGGUCACAGUGGUUGAAAAUGCGUUGCUGGCUUCAAAAGCGAAAGAAUCGAUGUUGUAGAACGAGGAGCAUUUCUGACGCAAAUCCCGUAAUUCCAACACAUCCUUUAGUACAACAUUUGGUACCUCCAUUGUCUAAUUCCCAAGCUACACAAGUAACAUCCGAUUCGAAUUCCGUUGGGUCAUCAAGAUGUACUAAUAGAUCGCAAACUUGUAAUGCUUUAAAAUUUACAGAUAUUAUGAGCAACCAAGAGGCUUUACCUGUUGGUAGAAAAAUGGCAAACGUAAAUUUAGUUGUUUUACAUCGACAACAAUAUAGAUCUAACAAUUCUGUUACAACAUAUACUGAACCAACUUGUGUCGAAAUGUUUUACAAUCCUCAUCAAAGUGGAGUUGCUAGAAAAUUUUUUAGAAAACAACGUCGCCAUACGAAAAAUAAUAAUCUCGGUCCUAGAAAACAAGGCGACGGUGGUGCAACCAGCGAUGCUGGAAGUUGCAUUUCAGUACCGCGACCUGCUGCAAAAUUAGAAAGUAAUAUAGACCAAACUAUCUUAAGUACUAGUGCGAAAGUAAAUAAUACAAAUAUUCACGUCGAACUGAAUCCCAUAAACGAUGUUAAAAAUGUUAACAUUCUCUCAGAUAGCGGUGGUAGUGUAUCGGAAGAAAGAAGUGUUCCAAUGCGUUUUGUUAUUGGCCAUGAAAGUCUUCUUCGAAAUGUGAGAAAAAUUAACAACAAUUGCAGGUUGCAAGACCCUGUAAGUGUUAGUACAGUAUUACAUUCUCCAAGAAACAGUUCUUGUCAAAAACUAGAAGUAAUAAAUACAACUUCCCACGAUUCGGAUAUAGAUAUAAAAACUGACGAAGAAAAACACUUGCGAAAUGUUUCACAGCAAUGUAGUUUAGAAUAUAGUUCUGAAGUAGAAUCUACUACCCAGAUGACUAGUGAGAAAAGUGAUCAUAAUUUACCGGAAAUUUAUGAAACUGCUGAAACAGUUGUGGAAGAAAAAUUUGUAAGAAAAAGAUGUCAAAGUAUCAAUGAGUCCCAUGAAGCAGCAGAACGACUCUGUAAAACAAAUUUAAAAUGGUUGUCUCAUUCGAAUAGUAUGUACUGUCUUCCAAUAGACACUGUGAAAUCGUUAAAAAAUAAUUAUCAUAGUUCACUCAAUGACAUUUCGUCUCUUAUUAGUUCAAAGAAUUGCAAAUAUUUAAAACCAUCAUUUACAAAUUUACAAAGUAUUACAAGCUCAAAUUUGUACGAUCAAAUUUCUCUUUCUCAAAAAUCACUUAGCCAGUCUGAAUUAUCAUUUUCUGAAGUAAAUAGUUUUACUAGUGAUAAUACGCAUAAUUUAGAAGAAUCAACGAGGGAACAUGUUAAUUCUUCAAUGAAUAUUGAAUGUAUGUCUAAUGUGUGUACUAAUGAGUACAAUUUUUGUUUUACUGCAGAAGUGACUUUACCUAGUUUAAAUUGUACAAAUGUUUCGCAAGAUUCUAAAGAAAAGACUACCAACUCUUUGACUGAUAUUAGAUCGCUUAUGUCAAGUCCUUGCAAUAUUGUAAAAAGUUUUGACUCUGCCAAUGAAGUAGAAAGUGUAAACAAAAAUACAAACUUAGAUAAUUUACAACAUAUUGAAGUCGGUAAAAUAUACUUGAAAAAUCCAAAUAUUUAUCUACAAGUAGCUAAAAAAGAAACAAGUGUUUAAUUUGAUUGAUUUACUUGCAUUAAAUGACGUAUUUAUUUUAAUAAAGACAUUUCAUUCGGAAAAAGAAACAUAAUUUCUGCAUAUGUUUACAUUUGUAUCUAGGAAACUAUCAUCUACAUUAUUCUAUCAAAUUACUGUUUUUACAGAGUAUAGUUCCUACAAUGAUAAAAAUAAUUCUUUUUUUACAAAAAUCUAUUUUCCCCUAACCUUUCUAUUUUUUGCUGAAUGCCAAAUAUUUGUUUAGCUAGAAAUGUAAGACAUUUGUGUCACAAACUUAUCAAAGUAUUUAUUUAUUCAAGAAAGAAUGUACAUAGUUAAUACAAACGAAUUUUAUACUUUUGCAAUUACACUUUGUACAUCAAACUAGUUUCUCAUUUCAUCCUAAUGUUUACACAGAGGAUAAGACAUUUAGCAUUUAUGUAAUCAUAAUUUAUGUUGACACAUUCAUUAAUAUUUGUUAUUUUCAUAUAUCUAUUUCUUGAAUUGAAGUUAUCAUAUAUAUCUAAUACAAUUUCAUUAUUAUUUUAUAUCGAUCUUUUUGUACUAAUAGUAUAUACAAUUUAUAUUAAAAUAUAAUAUUUUUACAUAACUUUAGCCAGCUUUUUGCAACUUUUAAAAUGUGUUCUUCUAAGACUGAAUGUUUUGCUAAGUAAACUGAGAUUAUAUCAAAUUUUUAAUACAAUGACAUUGUGUGUUAUAUAUCCUUACAUACAUAAAAAUCGUCUCAUUUAAUCGUGUACUUCGUAAAUAUUAUACAUUGUAAAUAGUUUUCGAUUUUAUUUUUAAUAUAAAUAAAUUUAUGUAUAUUAAACAGUAUUUGUAAAGAUCAGUAACUGAUAUAGUAAAGUUAUUUUAUAUAAUACUUAAAAUAACAUUAAGAAAUUGUAUACGCGUAUGCACCUGCUCAUACACAUUCGUAAAAUAUGAAUAUUACUUUUAUAGAAAGUAUAUCAAUAUGAAACGUAGUUUUCAUUUAUAAAAUAGUUUAUAGUUUAUGGUAGUAUUUAAUUCUUUAAAUACUUAGUGUACAAAUGUAUUCAUUUUAUGUAUUCAAAAAUAUAUUUAAAUGUAUUAAAAGUA